GAGUACCUCUCAAAAAACUUACAAAACUUUUAUUAUCUUUUGAAAUUUGGACUCGUUGGGUUGAAAAAUUCCCAAUCAACCUUUUUCUUCUUUUGUUAUGCUUAAGUACAAACAGAAGAGAAAUCCGUCAUUUUAUAAAUGAGUUGCGAGAAUGGUACUAUUAUAACGUUUGAAUCUCUGGUGAAGUUUUUAUUGCUGAUAGAGCUGGAUACAUCGCAGGUGCUGAAAUGUGGCAACGAUUAAUUUUCUUCAGUCUGCUUUUUAGCGUGUUCCGUAAAACAUGUCAUGGUGAGAGAUCCGAAGACUCUCUUAUAUGCAAACGAGUAGACAACGAUGCUGCCAAUGUUUUAAUCACUGGACCGCAAGGUCCUCCUGGUUUACCUGGCCUGGAUGGAAUGCCAGGUCUGCCUGGAAUCCCAGGACUUGAUGGCCUACCUGGACUACCAGGAAUCGACGUAGACCACAACAGAUUGGUAAUUUUGGUUGAGCAAACUGUCACAGAAGCUAUUCAUGCGAUGAAGAAUGUAAAACCACAGACUUCCGACUUUCGAUGCGAAAAUCUAAAUAACAAAGUCGAAGUCGAUGGAAAAUGUUUUUUCGCUGUCUUGCCAGAGAAUGAAGUCAAAUUUCUCGCAGCUGAGCAGUUGUGCAUCGAUAGAGGAGCAACGCCGGCAAAUAUUUACGAUCGCCAUCAGUUUGGCAAGAUAAUGAAUUAUCUUCAUGAGUUAAGACAAACAUUUUAUCACGUAUAUCUGGGAAUGGAAUUUGAUCCCGAGAAUGACGACCUCGCUUUCUAUGACGGAAGUUCUGCUCAAUACUCACGUUGGCGCUUUGGAGAUCCUGUUAGACGUGUGGCGGAUCCGGUGAAAAUGACACGAGUAGCCAUAAACGUUCUGAGUGACAGCAACAACUCCGGUAAUGGAAUGUUGACCACGGCUAUGAUUUGGCCUAAAACAGGAGUACUUUGCGAAUCUGCAAUAGAAAGAGAGCCUUGAAUUGGCAUGAACAUUACUCAUCUGGUAUCAUAUAUAUUAACUUAUCAUUCUAAUUCCAACGACCAGUACGAUCCAGAAUUUCUUAAAGUUUGUCGACUGAAAGCAAAUGCAUUCCAAUGUUUGUUUUAUGUUACUAAGCUUCUUCACUAUUUAGAAGUUUCAUGAAUUCGUCAGAAUAAAAUUUGAUAACACUGAUUUGUAAUUGUAUACUUGUCCGUAACGUGAUCUAUUCUAAACCUUGACAGCAAUGAAAUACUGGAACAUAUUAUAAAGACCAAUUUUCCUGUAACUCUAUAGGUUAAAUACUAAUUUUUCUUCAGCAGUUGAUGUCAAACCGUUGCUAUGUAAUAAAUAUUGAAACGAGUAG